AUGUCUCUUACUGCUGUUGCGAAAGAUUUGGGUUUUUAUUUGUUCAUCCCUUACCUUAGUUUCGCUGUGCAGGGAGCAUACAUAAUCAAUGGGAACUGCAAAAACAUCAUGAAUAUGUCUCAAUCUGAUCAAUCAGAACUUUGGCGCUCUGUUGUAAACCGUAAUCUGGAAGCUUAUCUCCGAGUUUCUUCUAAGCUUAAGCUGGGUAGAAUUCCAGUUCGGUUGUAUGUUCGGAGCCCUACUGGGGAUUUAGAUUAUGUAGAAGUUGCACCUGUGGUUGAAAGUUGGGACAAGAUCCCUUACAUUAAGCGACCCAUUGAGAUUCACGAAGAUGCUUUUACUUCGCUCAAGAAUUUGAAGGUCUGCUUUAAUGGGUUCGUGGGGAGCAUUCCUCCAGCUAUUGGAAACUUGUCUGCUUUGGUUGCAUUGUCAAUUUGUCACCAAGGAAGAACAAUCUCACAGGAACUCUGCCCGGUCAAGAAUUUUGUAAGCUUAAAAACCUCGAGGAGUUGGAUCUCAGUGAUAAUCGCUUGGAAGGAUUUCUUCCUCCAUGCUUUUGCAACAUGA